AUGGCUUCGAAAAAGCGACGAAUGACGCAGCAGGUUCUUCAGUGGGGAACUCCGCCGCCGAGGCCUGUCGCUCCCCCUCCCCGUCCUGCCCCACCCCCCAUUCGCCCCCUUUCAGACGAGGAGAAGAAGGAGAAGGCGUACCUGAAGGCGCAGAAGAGUUACACGUCUGAUUGGCUGCCUAAGUUCGACUGGCUGAUUCUGGACAGGACGCCAGAGGGUGACCCUGAAGCACUCGCGGUGAAGGACACUGCCGGUGACGAGCAGUUCAAAGACUUCAGCAUGGUGGACAAGGCCAUCCGGGCAGUUGGCGAGAUCGUGGGGAGAUCCACGCCCUGGUACGAGAGGUUCAAGGAGCUUCAACUCGUGAUCCACAGCACCAACCUCGAGCACCAGGGGUUGUUCGACGUGCGAUGGCUUUCCCGAGCCGAUGCAGUCAACCGGCUGGUCAAGAUUCUGGGGUCGGCAAUCGUGCUGUUCCUGGAGUACAAGCACAAGAUCGCCGCGGUUGUGAAGACCUUGACGUUUCACUUCUGUCUGUACUUCCUGGCAGACCUUUUGGGGGAGUUGAACUCCCUCAAUCGUUUCUUCCAACGGCGCAGGGUGGAGGUGACCCAAGUCACGGAGGAGGUCGACCGUGUGGUGUCCCUCAUAGAGCACCGCUACAUCGACUACGAGGGCUCUUUCGGGGCGGGACUGAGUACUCACUUGUCGCCAUUCAUGGCACGUGUCAAGAAAGGGGACAAGAAGGUGAAGGUGGAAGGUGUGGACGCUAGCGGCAGACCCGUCAAGCACACCAUUGAACUCAGCGAGCUGCCGGUCAAAAACCACAAGUUCCGCGGUACCCUGGCAGAUUGCGUGAAGAUGGGCAAGGCCUUCGCCCGUGAGGUCGUGUACAACCUCAAGCACCGCAUGCGGGAUCUUCGUCGAAUGGGCGGCAUGAAGCUUUUCAGGGUGGACAAGUGGCCAUCGAAUCCGGACACGCAUGUCGUGGACAUCUGGCGCAAGCAGAAGAAGAGGCGGCCUACGAAAUCACCUGCACCCUUCCACCCUGCAAACGACAAGGGCAAGCCAGAGGCCAUUUCGGACGACGAACGGGAGUCUGACGUGGCAGACGAUGAGUGA